CAAGUUAACCUCAAUUUCAAUCGAAAAAACAUUGCACGUGAAGUAAAACAAAUUUUUCAAUUUCACAAUGGAAAUAGAUGCACAGACAGAAUCAAAUAUAAACUUCAUACCAUGCGUAAAAUGGGUAAGAAAAGGUAUAGCUAACACGAAUCCCGUGAAACUCCAACUGUCGAAAAAUGAGUUAGUCGAUAUAAUAAAUGAAACGAAAGUGAAGCUCCAAGAAGCUGAAGAAAAUGACGAGGAACUUAUGGAAAGCGAUGUACCGAGACAAGAUGAAUUCAAUCUGGAACAAUACGAUGAAGAUGAAGCCGAAGAAAACACUGCAAACGCAUUAGGGAUAGGCUCGUUAGCUGAACUAGAUAAUGCAGCCGAGGAUAAUUUCUCCGAGUCCGACGAUUCUGAUAAAGAAGACGAAGUCAUUAAACCUACAGAUAAUCUGAUAUUGGUGGCGCACGUAGAAGGAGACGCCAGUUUCUUGGAGGUGUACGUUUACAAUGAAGAAGAUGAAUCUUUGUAUGUACAUCACGACAUUCUUUUACCAUCAUUUCCACUUUGUCUUGAACACUUGAACUACGAACCCAAAAUGCCUAAGGGGAACUACUGCGCAAUAGGAUCCAUGUCGCCUAUUAUAGAAAUUUGGGAUUUAGAUAUUAUCAACGUAAUCGAACCUAGUUUUACGUUAGGUCAAGUAAAGACGAAGAAAAGCAACAAAGUUAUAGGACACACAGAUGCAGUUUUAGCAUUGGCUUGGAACAAAACAUUCGACCAUGUAAUAGCAAGUGGAUCAGUAGACCAAACAAUUCAUCUAUGGGAUAUGGAAAUUAAAAAACCCAGUACAACCAUUAAAUCGUUUACGGAUAAAGUACAAUGUUUGGAAUGGCACGCUUUAGAAGCUCAAACGCUUUUAGCAGGAGGUUGCGAUAGUUCUAUAAGAGUAUUUGACUGUAGAACUCCAGAAGCUCAUCAAACUUGGCUCUUAGAUGGCGAAGCUGAACGAAUAUGUUGGAAUCCAUUGGAACCUUUUAGUUUUUUGGCUGGUACCAGUAAAGGUUCAGUCCAAUGUUUCGACUGCCGAAAAGGGGAACUGUGGUCUAUUUCAGCUCACAGUAAAGAAGUUAGUGGCCUAUGUGCCAGUACACAAUGCCCAGGUCUAUUAAUAACGUCCUCUACUGAUGAAACAGUAAAAAUAUGGGAUUAUAAAGACCUAGCAAAUGCUCCUUGCCUAAUAAAUGAAAAGGAAUUUAACUUGGGUAAUGUGCACUGCUUAGAUCUUUGCCCUGAUUUACCCUUCGUUAUAUCAGCUGGUGGAGAUAAAAAGUCGCAUAAUUUUACAGUGUUUGAUAUACAGAAUAUUGAUGUUGUUAGAAACACAUUUCAACCGAGAGGCUUAAUUAAAUCAGAAUCUGUUAAAGAAGAAGGUGCCUCUACCUCAACUUAGAGAUAUGCACUCAAUAAAUUUAAAAAUAAU